GGAUUUGUGGGUAUUAUGGUGCAGGCCGUGUUCAUUGGAAGAAUCUGGAAAUUAAGCAAUCAGAACAAGACCCUGGUAAUAGUCAUAUCGAUAGCGUCUGCUGCGCAAUUCGUGUUUCACAUGGUCUACUCUGGGUUUGGCUUCCACACAUCGGACAAUUCCGAAACCCUCAUCAAUAUUUCACGCGGCAUCAAUGCUGCGAGCACCGUCGCGGACUGCUUGAUUGGAGGCUCACUCGUUUGGUUCCUGAAGAAAUGUCAAGUUGGAAUCCAGCGCAGUGACUCAAUUGUAAAUGCGUUGAUCAUAUUUUUCAUGACGACGGGCCUAGCUACUGCAGUCAGCGCAAUAGUGACACUUUCGUUAACCCUCGCAUACCCUCAGUCACUCUAUUCUGUUAUCUUCUACCUCAAUAUCACUCGUCUUUAUGUGAACACGCUGUUGGCAAUGCUGAAUUUCAGGACAAAAUUAGGUCCGGCGCUUGCCAAUGGGGUUGACCAGGCUGGAGAUUGGUCUCAGAUGAAUCCGUUGCCAACGCAGUCUGUUCAGAUUGGCACGGUUUCUUUUCUGCAUCUAGACGAGCCACAAUGGAGUGAAUACUCAUACCAUCGACAUUGGCGUCGCAACCGAGACAAGUAAGCACGUUCAGGAGAAGAAGAGACAUUCUUCCGCUGGUGCUGUGACUAUCCAGAGACCCUCGUUCAUUG